AAUCAGCUCACAGAAGGGCAGGCUCCACGUUGGCUUUUAGUUUGACCCUCCCGGCACUGACUUUGUGGGGCUCCUUUUCCAGGCGGGAACCCAGCUCCGUUGCUGUGGUGGUACCAGACCUUGUGCCGUUUGAGAAAACCAGCCUGCUGGAUGCCUAUGCCCUUUGCCUGCGGGGAUCAGAAAGAGAUGGCCACCGGACAAGCCCUCCUGCUUUUAAUACUCAUCGGAGUAGCCGAGCCCGGGGCAGGUCGAUGCCCUGCCUGCGAGAUGGCAGCCCUGGACCCAGGCGUGCAGAAGGCGUUCCUCAUUGAGCUAGCAAAGGAGAGUAUUCUCUCCAAGCUGCACUUGAAGGAGCGACCCAAUGUGACCCAGCCAGUCUUCAGCGCUGGCCUCCUGACAGCUCUGGGGAGGCUCCGUGUCGGGCGCACGACCCCGAGCGUCACGUCGGAGAUGCCGAGCCAGAGCCCCAAGCCGGAUGAGCAAGACUAUGAGAUUCUCAGCUUUGCUGAGCCAGGGCCCUCCGCUCCCAACAGGACACGUCUGCACUUCCACUUCACCCAGGAUGCCGGCAGGAGCGUGCAAAUCCUCCAUGCCGACAUGUACGUGUUCCUGGCAGCCCCCGGUGGCCCCGCGCGCAGGGUCAGGGCAAAGCUGCUGUUGUCCGAGCCGGGCGAUGCAAACCCGACGCUGGUCGGCAGGCGGCAGCUGGAGGUGAAGCGGGGAGGCUGGGCCGCGGUGGAGGUGAGGACAGCUGUCCAGAGCUUCUUCAGCAAAGGCGGCCAGAGACUAACGGCGGAGCUGGAGCUUGAAGGAAGCCCGGAGCCUGCCCUGCUUCUCAGCAGCAGCGACUCUCACCGGCCGUUCAUGGUGGCCAAGGCCCGGGCCAGGCCCCGACACCGGAUUCGCCGCCGGGCCGUCGAGUGCAAUAGCAAGUCCAGGACGUGCUGCAGGAAGCAGUUCUUCGUUGACUUCAAGGAGAUCGGCUGGGAGGACUGGAUCAUCCAGCCGGAGGGCUACCGCAUGAACUACUGCACGGGGCCCUGCCCCACCCACGUGGCCGGCAUGCCCGGCCUGGCCUCCUCCUUCCACACAGCCAUCCUGAAUCUCAUCAAGGCCAACGACGCGCACGCCUCCUUCAGCUCCUGCUGCGUCCCCACGCACCGCCGGCCCCUCUCUCUGCUCUACUACGACCAGGACAGCAACGUCGUCAAGACCGACAUCCCCGACAUGAUCGUGGACGCCUGCGGCUGCACCUAACCCGCUGCCUGGCGCGCACACAGCUGCCUUUGCACUGAGCGAUUCCUCCCUCGAACCGGGACAGGACAGAGAUUCCCACGCCGAGGCCCCGUUCCCACUGGUCCUGCUGUUGGAAUUCACGUCCUUCACGUACAUGACUGAUUGUGCCGCUGAACCGUGCCAUGUCAAGCACCGUCUCUCCGUAAGAGGGGUACAGGAAUCUCACCCCCCAGCCAACGGCCUCCCUCCGCCCUUUCCCGAGCCGUCCUGCGGAUGCCAGCCAGGGCCCCUUUGCAGCAGUGGGUUCUGCCAUGUGAAGACCCACCCUGCAGGGAAAUUGGACCGAGCCCCUCAGACCUCAGAGACCGCCAGGGGGAGAUGCUGGGCAGGGUCAGAGAGGAGGUCAGUGCUGCCUAGACAAAUUCAGACGGGAGGAAAGAAGGCGUAAUUCUUGAUGGGGAGAGUAACUAGCCACAGACACAAUUUACCGAGGGCCGGGGUGGCUUCGCCAUCAGGGACCAUUUUGCAAUGGGGACUGGAUGAUUUUCCAAAAGCUCUGCUCUAGGUGGAGAUGCUACCCAGGGGCUCAGACGAGACAGUCAGAAGGGGCCUUGGGAUCUCUGAGUCUGCGGCUGAGCGGGGCGGGGAACAGGGGGCCACACCACGUCACUUGGCAGUGUUGGCACCGAAUCGGAGCUGCAGCCUGGGACGCCAGCUGGCGCGCGCCGAGUCCUGUGGAACCAGGAGAGCGGUUUGGGGAGAGGGGCGAGCUGGU